CUUUCGUCUCAUCCUCACCUGAGCCUCUACAAUCAUCACCAUUCUCGCAUCAUGUCGGCUAUCGAACCAAAGGUGUUGUAUCCUUCAGGGGGUUACACGCCCGCAUACGAUGAGAGAGAGAACGGAAUACUGCUCCAUCCAUUUGUUGAACCAGAUCGGGUGCUUACACCUAAUCUUGGGGAGGAUGCAUUCAGGAACAAUCCCAAGGAGGCAGUCGGGGGGUUCAAGGGCAAGGAUUAUCUCUACGCUGAAUUCAUUGUCGAUACCCCCGAGCAAGUCGACCCAGAUACCGAUAUCAAAGUUGCGACGGUGCUCAGAGUUGCGAGCCCAUCCACUUUGCAUUGGGAGUCGGUCCACAUCGUUUUUGCUCUACGCGAAGUCCCCGACGGCGAAGGGGAAGAUGAACGACCAUUCAAAGAGUUCAAGCCUCUGGAAGUCAAAGACGCCUACAAAAGGGAUAUUGACGAGGGUUAUAGCUUGCUGUACUUCUUGGUCAAGGAUAUCAGAUACCCCAGGGCCGGUCAGUUCAGGGCGGAGGUCCGUGUCCAGGUCACUCCGGGGGAGCAGAUCUUCGAUCUGAAAGGGGAUGACUUGGAAAGACUUGGACCCAAAUGGAAGGGGCAUCCUGGCGAGCUACAAAAGCUAGGUCACCUCGCCGGCGGGGCGGUCUCAAAGGUAGUGACGGAAGUCAAUAAAGGAGUGGAAUUAACACCAUCUGAUGAAAACCGCCUCAGAAAGUACUUGGAAUUUGAGGACAAGCUGAAGCUCGUGACAGAGCAGGAGCUUCGGAAAGAGAUGGUAGACAAGCAUAAAUACUGGCACGACAACCUCGUCGUUACCUAACCGCUUCAACUUUUGCGUUCCUAACUGGCAAACUUCUACCUCCAGAGCCUCCAGACUCGACAGUUACCCAAGAAGGGUGGAGAAGCAUCUACCCCUAUGCUAUAUCGAGGGAAG